GUGAUGGCAAAUCACUAUAUUGAAUAUAUUAUAUUGUGUGUUCCUUUGAGUUAGUUUGUUGCCUUGGAACUGAAGCGCAAUUAGACACACACACACACACACACACACACACACACACACACACACACACACACGCACGCACACACGCACACACACACAAACUGAUUGAUGCGCAACAGAUUCAUUUGCAAUUCGUUCAUCGAUUCAAAGGAUGGUGUGGAGAAUUUGAAUGGUCCCGAGACGUGCAAGAACAUAAAAAUAAUCUCGAGUUUAAAUUUUUAGAAAAAAUACUUAUCUCCGUUUCUAGUCUGGGGGGAAAUAUGCAGUUUUUAUAAAGGGAAUUCUAUUAGUAUCAUUCAACCUCAUCCAGACACACAUAAUGCGUAUCUCUCUGGCUAUUAACAGCAGAUACCCCUUAGAAAAUGUACUCAAGCUCUGAGCGACAUUAAUUUAAAGUGAAAAGUUCAGGGCGCAGAGACGUUUCUUUUCUCUAUCACUGAGAAGCAAUGCAACAAAAUCAUGUCCUUUAUUUUAAUGUAAAAAUGCACUGAUGGAAAAAAUAAAUAAAUGUCAAAGGUAAUAAUAAUAAUAAUAAAAUGUAUGAAUGUUGUGGCUCUAGAAAGAAUCGUCUCUUUAUGGUCUUGCUCUCCUCUGUGAUCCCCGAGCUCCUCCCCUUCGUGCGUGGAGAGCUUCAUUUGAUCAGAUCAUUCAACUUGGAGCGCUUCGCUGAAUCGCACUUUUCCCACAACUGUGGCUGCGCUGCAACUUAUACGAGGACUUCUUUUUCCCAUCAAUAACUAACGAGAGGAAAAGGGCAAGCAGGCGGACUGUAUCCUGUUAGUAUCCGCGAUGGAGAGCGGAAUCAGAUAUUGCCGAGUUAAUGUCAGUGCGUUCUGCACCCUGAUUGUGGUACUUCUAUUGCUCGCUUGGGUUCCUGUGACCAAAACAGCGAUAACUUGCAAAUCAUGUCAGCUGCUGGAUAAGUGGAGUGGCCGGGAAUUACUGGUGAGGAUGGACGGCGGUGUUCAUUCCGCAACAGGGUACGUGGGUAAAGUUGCUGACAAAAAUGGAGACGGGUCAACGGAGCUGUUUAAUUCUGAUGGUGCUGAAACUGGGCAGCGCGACUGGAGCGCGAGUGGGAAAAACACUCAUUCCGUGCAAAAAGGGAAUACCGACAAGGUAGCCGGUGGCAAAAUGCCACUCCAUAAUAAAUGGGAGUCAUUGCGCAGUAAUGGCAAAGUUUCACACCCAAAACGGCCAGGUUCAGCCACUGUAGAUCUCAAGCACCGAGUGCGUAGAAGCGCCCAGGGACCCGUUAUGUCACCCGGCUCGCUCCAGAGUGAGCGCUCUCAGCCAGCUUUUGGAAACGGCACCGUGCGCGCUGCGCGUCGAGUCCCGCGCUCCGAGUUGAGGUGGAACAGGGAAGAGCAGAGAACGGCCACAUCACGGCAGGAAGAGCUGAAACUUACCAGCUCUACCUUUGCACUGACAGGGGAUUCAGCUCACAACCAAGCCAUGGUGCACUGGUCCGGUCAAAACAGCAGCGUGAUCCUCAUGUUGACCAAACUGUAUGACUUCAACCUGGGCAGUGUCACUGAGAGCUCCUUAUGGAGGUCGACAGACUACGGAACUACUUAUGAGAAACUCAAUGAGAAGGUGGGUGUGAAAACCAUCCUCAGCUAUCUGUACGUCAGCCCCAACAACAAGCGAAAGAUCAUGUUGUUGACAGAUCCAGAAGUGGAAAGCAGUUUACUCAUCAGCUCGGAUGAAGGCGCCACCUAUCAAAAAUAUCGCCUCAACUUCUACAUCCUGAGCCUGUUGUUUCAUCCAGAGCAGGAAGACUGGAUCCUUGCUUACAGCCAUGACCAGAAGCUAUACAGCUCUGUUGAGUUUGGCCGUCGCUGGCAGCUCGUUCAUGAGCGGGUGGCGCCAAAUCGAUUUUACUGGUCGAAAACGGGCCUUGAUAAAGAGCCUGGCCUGAUUCACCUUGAGACCAGCAUCUCGGAAACCCAGGCUCUUUAUGUCACAUGCAAACUUCAGAACUGCACAGAUGCUAACAAGGGCAAACCGUUUCCUGGAUUCAUUGACCCCAACUCCCUAGUGGUCCAAGAUGAGUAUGUGUUUGUCCAGGUGUCAACUGGUGGUCGGCCAAUCUACUAUGUGUCAUCCAGACGAGAUGUGUUUACACCCAUGAAGCUUCCCAAAUACACCCUUCCAAAGGAUCUGCAUGUGAUCAGUACAGAUGAGAACCGGGUGGUGGCAGCAGUUCAAGAGUGGAACCAGAACGACACUUAUAACCUGUAUGUGUCCGAGCCCGGAGGAAUUUACUACAUACUGGCUUUGGAGAACGUUAUGAGCAGUAUGGGUCCAGAGGGAAAUGUCAUGAUAGAUCUAUAUGAGGUGGCAGGGAUAAAAGGCAUGUUCCUGGCCAAUAAGAAGCUAAAUAAUGAGGUGAAGACAUAUAUAACCUAUAACAAAGGCAGAGACUGGAGGCUUCUUCAGGCUCCCUCAAGUGAUCUCAGAGGGAAUAGCAUCCAUUGCAUUCUGCCGUACUGCUCCCUGCAUCUUCACCUGCACGUAUCAGCUAACCCCUACACUUCUGGAAAUAUAGCCAGCAGAGAGUCGGCCCCUGGAAUCAUAGUAGCUUCAGGUUCAAUAGGCGCUGAGUUAACGAGCAGUAACGUUAGCAUGCUCAUCACAUCCGACGCUGGAAACACAUGGCGGCAGAUAUUUGACGAAGAGUACAGUGUGCUGUAUCUGGACCAGGGUGGGGCUUUAGUGGCUAUCAGACACACCCCUCUUCCUAUCAGGCACCUCUGGUUGAGUUUUGAUGAGGGGAGGGUCUGGAACAAAUACAGUUUCACUUCAUCACCCCUGUUCGUAGACGGAGUGUUGGGUGAACCAGGGGAGGAGACGCUUAUUAUGACGAUCUUCGGUCAUGUCAGUCACCGCUCAGAAUGGCAGCUGGUAAAGAUAGACUUCAGGUCUAUCUUUAACAGAAGAUGCAUGGAGCCUGACUAUGUGCAGUGGAUUUUACAUGACCAGGGAGAACGCUGCCUCAUGGGGGUAAAACGAGUCUAUCGAAAGCUGAAGCCCAUAGCAAGAUGUGUUAUGGGUAAAACCCACUCUGUCACGAUGAUUUCACAACCCUGUGACUGCACUGAAUCGGAUUUUGAGUGUGAUUAUGGUUUUGAGAGAAGGACUGAUAGCAAAUGUACUCCAGCAUUCUGGUUCCGUCCUUCGUCUAUGUCUCGGAGCUGUGCCACAGAACACACUUUCCUCAACAGCACUGGGUAUAGAAAGGUGGUGUCUAAUAACUGCACCGGCGGCGUGAUGGAGCAGUACAUGGCCCGUAGGCAAGUGUGCCCUAGCCAGGCUCCCCACGGCCUUCACCUAGUGACCAGCGAAGGGAAGCUUAUCGCUUCUCUUGCUAGCAACGUCACCUUCCUUGUGUUCCUGGAGGAGGGAGAUGGAUCAAGAACCAGCAUCAAGGUGGAUUUUGGAGACGGAAACGCCUUCACCUACUCCAACGUGAGCUCUUUAGAGGAUGGAAUUAAACACAUCUACAAGAACGUGGGAAUCUACCGAGUGUCAGCCACAGCAGAGAACAGUCUGGGCUCUGAAACUGUGCUCCUCUUCCUACACAUUACAUGUCAGUUGGAGUCUAUUCACCUCUCUGCCCCAUUUGUGGUGGUGAAAAAUAAAGAAGUAAAUUUGACUGUGGUUCUCUGGCCAAGCCAAGUUGGAACAGUCACCUAUAUCUGGUGGUUUGGAAACAAUUCUGAGCCUGUGAUCACGCUCGAGGGGAGUGUGGCAUUCACGUUCUCUCAAGAGGGAAUCAGUGUUGUCACUGUACAGGUGUCCGCUGGGAACACCAUUCUGCAAGACAGGAAAACCAUCGCUGUCCACGAAUACUUCAGAUCUCAUCUUCUUGCCUUUUCGUCCAAUUUGGAUGAUCACAACCCUGAUGUGGCCGAAUGGAGACUGGAUGUCAGUCGAGUCAUUAAAACCUCUAUGGUGCAGGCAACAGGAGUGAGUCCAGAACAGCUGUUGGUCACUGUUCUGCCCGGUCUGCCCACAGUGGCUGAGUUCUUCCUCUUACCAGACAAACAGCUGACAGAGGGAAAGCUAGACAAAACAGCUACCCAUUUAGACCAGCUCUCAGAACUGGUGCUCAGUGCUCUGAAUCAGAAUCUGGUUCAGUUCACACUUAGACCUGGAGUCCAGAUCACAGUAUAUGCUGCCCACUUAUCAGCAGCGCCUCUAGUGGACACAAGUGAGAACCACAGUGGCUCAGCUAUGCUCAUGCUCCUCUCUGUGGUUGUGGUGGGUUUAGCUGUGUUCCUCAUCUAUAAAUUCAAAAGGAAGAUCCCAGGCCUCAACAUCUAUGCAACGAUGCAGGACGAAAAAGAACAAGAAAUGAUCCAGAGUCCAGUGUCUCCCGCAGGCAGCACACCCAGCUGCAGUUCUCAAAGAGAGCUGCUCACUUCACUGGAACCUCUGGACACAGAGCCCAAUACUCAGACCAUCGAAUGCAUCAAACCUCAUCCACGUGUCAAAUUCUCAUCGGAUCUUCCUACAUUCAUUGACGUUUGAACUCUGGACUCCGUCAUGUCGAGGACUUGCGGACACAAAGGUUUCAAGCUUUAUUCAGUACUUGUGCAUGUUGGACAUUAACUUUACUGUGCUCUGUGAAUACUAGAACAAACUUUGUACAGGUUUUUAUAAUGUCUGUAUAUUCAAUACGAGAACUCUUUUUGAAGCUGUUCAUUUAUAAAGAUUGCCAGUGUGUACAGAGUUAGAGGGAAAGGCCAGCAUGUCCAAGAGUGGAAACUGUUCCAAAAGUGAAAAGUGUCUUUUUUAUUUCUAACAGUGGUUGUACCGUUUUUAUGAGAGUAAAAUAUGGAUGUGUGACAUUUUAGGAGUGUUUUAAUAUCAAACUGCAUUUAUUAAUAAAUUAUUAAUGAUUAUUGUAAAAUAAAAUACAAAAACACCUUUAUUUUGUAAAACUACAGUGGGGUUAAAAAGUCCACUUGUGAAUUUGUGUGUUCAUGCCAGCUCGAGUGCAUGCUGUCAUUACAGCAAAAAUGGGGACAUACCAAAUACAAAGACAUUCUGAAAUACAUUUUUCAUGUAACUUUUACUCAAAUAGUUAUACUGACAAUAUAAUUUGUAUUUAAAUAAUGCAAAACAGAUACUUUUUCACAAGUGAAACCCACUGUAAAUUUUGCACAUCUGUACUUUACAUGUACCACUUUGUUUCAUGCCUUUAUUCUUGAAACAGGGUUUAUGUCCAAACUUGUACAUCUUGUUUUGUUUCUCUACAAUAUCUGAGUACCGUAAUUUGUUUUUCUUGAUCAAAUAAAUUAUUUUUGCAUUGCUAUUUAGAAAUAACUUUGUUGGUUUACAGAUACAGAUCAAUUUGUAUCAAGACAUGCUUUUUAAACAUCUAGUAAGAUGUUCCUGAGACAUGAUGGCAAAGAAAAUAAUAAGUUAUAUUAAGAUUAAUAUUAUAUUAAUGGUAACACUUUACAAUAAGGUUGUAUUCGUUAACAUUAAUGCCAUAGGUAACAUGAAAUAACAAUGAACAAUGUUUACUGCAUUUAUUAAUCAUGGUUAAUGUUAAUUUAUAUGUAUACUAAUAUAUAUUUUAUUUAUUUUUUUUCACUAAAAUGUGUAUACAUUAAUGGAAUAUGAAUCAACAUGAACAAACAAUGACACAAUAGUACUUUGAUAAAUACAAUUUUUCCAAGAUUAAUAAAUGCUGUAAAAAAAAUAAAUAAAGAAAGAAAAAAAAAUAUAUAUAUAUAUAUAUAUUGUUCAUUUAAGUGAAUAAUACCUAAUGCAUUAACUAGUGUUAUUGUACCAAGUGUUCAGGGUCAGAAAUUAAAGGAAUAUUCCGGGAUCAAUACAAGUUAACCUUAAUCGACAGCAUUUGUGGCGUAAUGUUGAUUACCACGAAAAAAUAAUUGACUAGUCCCUCCUUUUCUUAAAAAAAAAAAAAAAAAAAAAGGAAAAAUGGAGGUUACAGUGAGGCACAAUGGAAGUGGAUGGGACCAAUUUUUGGAGGGUUUAAAGGCAGAAAUGUGAAGCUUAUAAUUUGAUAAAAGCACUUACAUUAAUUCAAGUAUUAUUUGAGCUGUAAAGUUGUUUAAAUAGUUGUUUUUUAGGGUUUUAGGGUUUGUUGACAUUACACAGAAGUUGUAAAAUUGGUUAUAACUUUACACAGAAAAGGUUAGUAAGUGAUUUUAUCAGUUUACAGGCAUAUUGUUUAUGUCUUGUUGCUAUACUUUUGAAACAGUGAGUAUUUUAAUGUUAAACAAUUGGCCCCCAUUCACUUCCAUUGUAAAUGCCUCACUUGAAUCCAGGUUU